GGCGAUUCCGGCGUGCGAGGCCCUUGGAGGGCAAGGCUCCAGGGCCUGGCUGAGGGGCACGAGAGGCACGCUGGAAGUUGUAGUUCGAGCGGCCACGAGGGCGGAUUGAGGGUGGCGGCGGAAAGGACUCGUCGUCCCGGCGUGCCGUGCGCCUCAGCCCGCGCGCUCGCUGCUUCUCGCUCUCGCCCGCCCGCCCGCUGCCUUGCUUGCUCGCGCUUUCGCUCCCGCUCUCCUCGCGGAUCGUGGUGGCUCUGACCACAGCCUGCGGCUGGGAAGGGCGACCGAGGCGGCGGCUCAGGGCAAACGAGGCUGCAGUGGUGGUGGUGGUGAUAGGAAGAUGUCGGGCGAGGACGAGCAGCAGGAGCAAACUAUCGCCGAAGACCUGGUCGUGACCAAGUAUAAGAUGGGGGGCGACAUCGCCAACCGGGUUCUCCGGUCCCUGGUGGAAGCCUCCAGCUCAGGUGUGUCCGUGCUGAGCCUAUGUGAGAAAGGUGAUGCCAUGAUAAUGGAGGAGACGGGAAAAAUCUUCAAGAAAGAAAAGGAAAUGAAAAAGGGUAUUGCCUUUCCCACCAGUAUUUCCGUGAACAACUGCGUGUGUCACUUCUCGCCUUUGAAGAGUGACCAGGACUAUGUUCUGAAGGAAGGAGACCUCGUAAAGAUUGACCUGGGGGUCCACGUGGACGGGUUCAUUGCCAACGUGGCGCACACUUUCGUGGUUGACGUGGCUCAGGGGACCCACGUGACCGGGCGGAAAGCGGACGUCAUAAAGGCAGCUCACCUUUGUGCCGAAGCUGCCUUACGCCUGGUCAAACCUGGGAACCAGAACACACAGGUGACGGAGGCCUGGAACAAGGUGGCCCACUCGUUUAACUGCACGCCCAUAGAAGGUAUGCUGUCACACCAAUUGAAGCAACAUGUCAUCGAUGGAGAGAAGACAAUUAUCCAGAAUCCCACAGACCAACAGAAGAAGGACCACGAGAAAGCCGAAUUUGAGGUGCAUGAGGUGUACGCUGUGGAUGUGCUUGUGAGCUCCGGAGAGGGCAAGGCCAAGGAUGCAGGGCAAAGAACCACCAUUUAUAAGCGAGAUCCAUCUAAACAGUACGGCCUGAAAAUGAAAACCUCGCGUGCCUUCUUCAGUGAGGUGGAGAGGCGCUUUGAUGCCAUGCCAUUCACUUUAAGAGCUUUUGAAGAUGAAAAGAAGGCUCGCAUGGGUGUGGUGGAAUGUGCCAAACAUGAGCUGCUGCAACCGUUUAAUGUUCUCUAUGAGAAGGAGGGUGAAUUUGUUGCCCAGUUUAAAUUCACAGUUCUGCUCAUGCCCAAUGGCCCCAUGAGGAUAACCAGCGGUCCCUUUGAGCCCGACCUUUACAAGUCUGAGCUGGAGGUGCAGGAUGCAGAGCUGAAGGCUCUCCUCCAGAGUUCUGCAAGUCGGAAAACCCAGAAAAAGAAGAAAAAGAAGGCCUCCAAGACCGCAGAGAAUGCCACCAGUGGGGAAACCCUAGAGGAGAAUGAAACUGGGGACUGAGGACCGCCCGCAGAGCAGGGUCUCCCUGCCCCACCCUAGCCCCCACCCUGUCCCUUCCAACAACCACCGGCUCCGACUGCCUGGUCUCAGGGGGGGUCCAGGCUUCCCAGCCGCCGAAGACUACUUUAAAUAGGAAAAAGAAAUUGGAUAAUAAAAUCAGGAGUCAAAAUC